GGCCUGCGGGGUGAGGGGUCGGUAAAUAUUGGUGACGUCAGGCUGCCAAGAUGGCGGAAGGGGAGGACGCGGGCUGGUGGCGGAGCUGGCUGCAGCAGAGCUACCAAGCCGUCAAGGAGAAGUCCACAGAAGCUUUGGAAUUCAUGAAACGGGACCUGGCUGAGUUCACCCAAGUAGUGCAGCAUGACACAGCCUGCACUAUCGCUGCUACGGCCAGCGUGGUUAAGGACAAGCUGUCAGUGAGUAUAGGAAGGACAGAAGGUUCCUCAGGUGCGACAGAAAAGGUGAGGAAAGGGCUCUCUGACUUCCUGGGUGUCAUCUCGGACACGUUUGCUCCCUCUCCGGAUAAGACCAUUGACUGCGAUGUCAUAACACUGAUGGCAACACCCACAGGUACCACAGAGCCCUAUGACAGUGCCAAGGCUCGCCUCUACAGCCUCCAGUCAGACCCGGCCACCUACUGCAAUGAACCUGAUGGCCCUGCUGAGCUCCUUGAGGCCUGGCUCUCUCAGUUUAACCUAGAGGAGAAGAAAGGGGAGAUCGCGGAGCUGCUGGCAACCAGCCCUUCCAUCCGGGCUCUCUACACUAAAAUGGUCCCGGUGGCUGUUUCCCAUUCUGAAUUCUGGCAGCGCUACUUCUAUAAGGUGCAUCGCUUGGAGCAGGAUGAAGCCCGGAGGGAGGCUCUGAAGCAGCGAGCGGAGCAGAGCAUUCACCAAGAGGAGCCAGCCUGGGAAGAGGAUGAAGAGGAGUUCUUGGGGAUGUCACCCCUGCCUUGUGCAAACGUGAAAUUUCCAGAAGCAGCAGAGAAAGAAUCUGCCCCUGCAGCCCUGGAGGGAAGCCACCCCACUGCUCAGAAGGGACCCUCAGAGGAAAGCUGGGCCGUCCUCCCUCCGGAGCCGGCCCCAGCGGAGGGGAGCCCCUCUGAGAGCAGUGAGAGCAUCUCCCUUGUGACUCAGAUUGCAAACCCUGCCUCUGUGCCCGCUGCACAGCUACAGACUGGAGCACAACCAGCCGGGGCCGGAGACCUCUCCCAGAGGCUGCUGGAGGCCACCUCAGAAGAGCAGAGCUCCCUGCGAAAGCCCCCAGAACCUGGUCACCUUUCUGCACCUGCCCGGGAGUCGGCAGCAUCCUCAGAACAACCGGCUGUUACGGAGCUCAAAGAGGUGGAGAGCAAAGCCCAGGGCAGGACAGAGACUCUGAAAGAGGAAGGACCAACAGAUCUACGAGUCUUUGAGCUGAACUCGGACAGUGGGAAAUCCACUCCCUCCAACAACGGCAAGAAAGGCUCCAGCACUGAUAUCAGCGAGGACUGGGAAAAGGACUUUGAUUUGGACAUGACUGAGGAGGAGGUGCAGCUGGCGCUCUCGAAGGUGGAAGUGUCUGGGGAGGUGAGUCAGGGGGAGGUGCUCGCUCAAACAGGCAAGAAGGUUGCUCCCAGAAACCAUCGGCAACUCCUUGGGGUGAUGCUGCAUGAGCUCUGUCAUCACUGGGUGCUUCCCCUGGGAGGAGGAGAGAGGCUGCAGUGCCUCAGAGCAAGGGGGUGAAUCCCUCAGCUUGAGCCCCGCUUCCAGCCCCUGUGCUGGCGCCAGGGCUGUGCCGCACGUUUCAGCGAGACGUGGCUGCUGCUGGCCUGGCAGGGCAGCGCUGCAGCAGGCAGCUGCCUGCCUAGAGUGGCUCGCAGGAGGCUUCUCAAAGGUGUGAUUUGCUCUUUGAGGCCACAGGCUUAGCUUGGGAUCUCACCGUGGGAGUCGUGGGUGUGAGCUGGAGCAGAGAGUGGCUGUUUGGACGUGCUUAAAGAGGGAUGAGCGUUCAAGUUCCCCAAGGGAAAUGGAGCAAGCAAAUCCCUGCUGUGAGGGUGUGGGAGCAUGGGGAUGUGUCAAGCUUUGCACUGACUCGGGUGCCCUGGGCAGGAGGAUCUGUUGGCAGAUGGCUGUUGAGUUACAGAAACAGAUGGAGAGGUGUUACUCUUGUUUGCAGCUGGAAGACGAAGAGUGGGAAGACUGGGAAUAAAACGCCUGCUUCCAGUGUGUGUCACAGGCUCAUUUCCACCAUCGAAUGUGAAUUAAAUCACGGACUGGCUGUUCCUUUCUGUGUAACUGUGCUGGGGAUUGCAGCUCCAGGCUGGAGGAGUUUCAUUCCUGCUAAAUCCUGUGGGCAACUCAAGUGACCCCUUCGGACCGGGAGGAGGAGGAGGAAGCAGGAGUUCACUCGUACACUUAGCUGCUAGGGAGCCCAUCUUCUUAGUAGGUCCUAGAGACUGGCCAAGCCAAAACCGACUGCCCCGAAAGUGUCGGGCAGAGGCAGAUGCAAUGCAGUGCGGGGUCCACGGGCCGAGCUGGGCACUUGGACACCUGGCAGGAUUGUUUGGUGCCACCAGACUGCCAGCUGGCUGAUUGCUUGUGUGUGUGCGCGUGUAAUCUACAGUACAGCAGUUCAAAGGCUCUUGGAUGCGAGCUGUGUCCGCGCACUUGCUGCUCCGCGCUGCUGGCCAGGCCUUCCCUGGAGAAAGCCCCUGUGCAGCGAGUGGCCAGGGCCUGGAGAUGCUGCAGUAGAAGCCCCUUCUGCUGUGCCACUCUGCUGCAGAGGAAGGCAGUUGGCUUGUGGCUUUGACCCAAAGGCCAUGCUGGAAGGAGCCAAGCUCCCUGCCAAACCCUGAGCUUCUGCCUGCCUUUUCGUCUUGGGAGCUUUUUUUUAAUGGAAACUCCCAUUUCCUGCUGCAAGAGCAGCAGCUCCUCGAGGAGCCGAGGCCUGCUGCUUCCCCCUUUGCAGCUGCACUGCCUUCCUCUACUGGGUUUUGUGUACUUCUCGUUACAUUUUCCAAGCAAAGUACUUGUGGCUUGCUCUCACUUGAGCCCUUCUGGGCAGGUGGUGAUUUGGGGCACCCUGGGAGCAGAACCCCUCUGUUGCGGUGCCCAGUUCAGCCCUCGCAAAGCCCCUGUCUGGCCCACUGACCGCUUUAACCUCCGAGGCAGAAGCACCCAUGUGUGGGUGGUACCGUGUCUGUCCCCUGCUCUGCCCCUGCCUCGUGUCCCACCUGUGCCGGGCCCCACGGCCACCAGGGUCCCAAGCCUCGCUGUGCUCGCUUGAGUUCCUUCACUUAAGCCCCCCUGUGACUGCUUGCAAUGCUUCCUUCGGACCCACGGCCUCUCUUUUUGGGGCAGUUCCCUUCUAAUGGCACGAGAUGCUCCUCAGUGGAUGUUGCUAAUCAAUACACAGCUAUCCUAAAGGGACAGAGCCCUCGCUGCUGUCUCUGGCCUUUUGGGUGGUGGGUUUAUAUGUGCUACCUUUGUCCUCCUGCCCCUUCCAGGGCUGCCUCAUCGGAGCUCUGGGUUUCCUUCUGGUUUUGGAUAGCAUUAGCCCAGGUGCACUUGGAAGAGUUGGGGUUUUAGGUUUGGGUCUUGUGGGUUUCCCCCCCCCCCCCCGCUUUGGGGAGAUUCUCAAAUGCAGCUGCCCACACAGGUGGAUUUGUGGCAGCAGUGGCGUCGGGCACUUACACGAGAGCACAUCUGUCCUGCAAAACCUACGAGGGCUGGAGACUGAGCUACAACUCACCUCCUGCUCGGUGGGCAGCGAGCUCAGCAGAGCUCUGAAACGUGCUGCAGCCUCACCGUGUCCUGGGCGCAAAUUUAGCUGUAGCGGGAAAACCUGUUGUGGGUAGGUGACACCAGUGGGGUGUCAGGGCAUGGGAGUUCCCGUUCCCUCGGGGUUUGAUGAUACAAGUGGCUGCUGGAUCCCUGGGCUGCAGCAGAGCUCUGAGGGUGCAAUGCUCUCAUCUGUGUCACUUUUUUCCCCCCCUCUUUUUUUCUCUUUAGUCAAAUUAACCGUUUGGUUGUCUGUGCAAUAUUCUCUGUUCUGAACUAUUCUGCAUCUCCCUGAGCCUUUUCUAGCUGGGGUGAAAACCAGGAACAAUUCUAACAGCUGGUAGUUUUGUAACGAUGACUUUCUCCAAACCUUUUACAAACUUGCAGUUAACAGCAAUUAAAGGAAUUCUACAGACUCGC